GUUUUAUGGUCAAGACCUCCGCGGACUUUUCUUACCGGAAAGUACAUCGGAAAAUCCAAGCGAAACACCAAAAAAGCUCUCUCUCUCUCUCUCUCUCUCUCCAUGGCUGACGCGAAGCCUGAAUGGACUGCUCCUUCAACGUCAGCAGAUGAUGGUUCGAACGAGCCGCAUGUGUUUCAAAGAGCAAAGGACGAUGACAAAUCACCCCACCAUCGCAAAGAGACGCAUGGAACGCGCAAUGACAUUGAUGAGAACACCCCAUUGAGCAAUGUCAAAGCGCCUAAUGUAUUUGAACGAGCUAAGGAAGAGAUUGAGGCUCUCGUUCAAACUAUCCAUUUAAAGAAAGAGUCUCCUACUCGUGAGAAAAGGGACCAGACAGUGCAGACAGAGUCCAAUGCUAGUGGUUCUCCCUCAGCAGAAAAUGAUGGCAAAGGACCCAAUUUCAUCCAGAAAGCAAAGCAAGAGAUCGAAGGUAUUAUGCAUUUUAAAAAGUCGCCCCGCCAUCAUGGCAAGGAAACUCACGGCUUGAAUGAGGACAUUGAUGAGAACACCCCAAUCGACGAGGUUAAAGCUCCAAAUGUCUUCGAACGAGCAAAAGAAGAAAUUGAUGCUGUGGUACAAGCCAUCCAUCCGAAGAAAGAAUCGAGCAAUGAUGUUGUUGAGUCACCGAAGAAAGAACGUGGAUUCAGGUACUCCAUCGGUAAAGGUUUAGAGAAGGUGCUCUCUCCGUUGGGUCAUAAAAGAGACUAGAUGUCAAGCUUCAGCGAAAUUCUGAGGAGUCUUCUUUGUUUAAAUUGUCCUCAUGAAGGCGAAACAAAGGGAAAGCCACAACAAUCUGAUUAAAUAUGUCAUAGAUGACCACUGAACUUACAUGGCCACACUGAGGAUGACAGUUUCUGUUGCAUGUAAUCUACUGGUUUUUUUUUUCCUUUUUCUGAAUUAAAGGUGCAUAUAAGUUGAUGUUU